AUGGCUACAUCAGCGCCCAUACGAAUGCCUUGGCGAAUACUCAAUCGAUCGGUCGCAGCAACACCACUUGCGCCGGUCUCGAGUAGGCUAGCUAGCCAUAAUUUCAGAGCGCAACAAUGCAUUCAACAGUCUGUUAUUUCACGGCGAUAUGCAUCUGAAAUGGUGCAACCACCUCCAGAACCCAAAGCUUCAGCGCCUCCCUCACCGCCCUCAACUCAGCAUGGAAACUCAGACGUACAGGCAGCUACAGUUCGAGAGGAAGGCGCUCAGGCUCCUGAAUCAUCCGCCACCUCGGACGUAGAGAUAUCGAUGCCGGAUACUUCAGACGAACCCCCCCGAUUACCUCGCGCAGUACAAGCAGUAUACCUACGUCCUCUCCGUCGAGAAGCCAAAUACGGUGUCCCUACCUGCGAUCUUCAGCUAAGAUCUUACAAUGUCCGCAAUCUCGAACUCUUCGCUGAUUUCUGUCUGCGCGCUGCAUACUACCUGGGUCUCCCCGCCUCUGGACCUGUCCCACUCCCCAGAAUUGUUGAAAGGUGGACGGUUCCUAGGAGUUCUUUCAUUUUCAAGAAGAGUCAAGAAAAUUUUGAAAGAAGGACUGUGCGAAGACUUAUACAAAUUAAGGAUGGAAACCCGGAGACGGUAGAAAUAUGGUUGGCUUUCAUCAGAAAACAUGCUUAUUAUGGAAUUGGUAUGAAGGCUAAUGUUUUCGAGUUUGAGGCACUUAAUGUUGGCAAGAAUAUGGAUAUCGAGAUGGAGAAGAUGAAGGAUACGGUCGAUAAGACAUGGGACCAAGUUGGUGUUGCUAAGGGCAAUAAGUUGACUGCAGAUCAGAUUAUGGAGCUAGUCAACAGGGAGAACUUUAGAGCAGCGACUCAUGGUAAUGCUCCUUAUGUCAAGGUUCCUCCACCAACCAUCUUCUCGGGCAUCCAGCCCACAGGAAUACCUCAUCUUGGAAACUACCUAGGAGCUUUACAUCAAUGGGUUCAUCUUCAAAAUACAGCAACCCCAGAAACGAAGUUACUAUUUAGUAUUGUGGAUUUACAUGCUAUCACUGUACCACAGGAAGCGGCCAGGUUGAAGAGGUGGAAAAAGGAGAGUUUAGCUACGCUUUUGGCGGUGGGACUGGAUCCGGGGAGGUGUGUGCUGUUUUCACAGAGUGCGGUCCCUGCACAUUCAGAAUUAAUGUGGAUAUUGAGUUGUACAGCUAGUAUGGGAUAUUUAUCACGAAUGACACAAUGGAAGAGUAAAUUACAGCUUCAAGACAAUGCAUCGCCGUUAGAUGAGAGUAGUAAAUCUAAGCUUAAACUUGGCCUAUUCUCAUAUCCAGUGCUACAAGCUGCUGAUAUACUAGUUCAUCGUGCAACUCAUGUACCAGUGGGUGAAGAUCAGAGUCAGCAUCUUGAAUUCGCCAGAGAAUGUGUUACGAAUUUCAACCAUGCUUAUGGUCCUCAUCUCGUGGAGCCAAAGACCAUCAUGUCACCGGCUAAGAGAGUGAUGUCGCUACAGAAUCCACAUCAAAAGAUGUCCAAAUCCAAUCCAGAUGCCCGGUCACGAAUCCUCAUCACUGACUCUCCUUCCACCAUUAAGGCAAAUGUCAUGUCCGCACUGACCGAUUCUCUGAACUCCGUCUCGUAUGAUCCUGUUAAUCGACCUGGCGUUGCUAACCUUCUUUCGUUAUUAAGUCAUUUUGAUGUUGAAGGAAGAAGUGCAGAGGAACUGGGGAAAGUGCAUGGUGAUAUGGGUCUGGGGAAGUUUAAAUCAUUGGUUGCCGAUGCAAUUUCUGUCGGAUUAGAGGGUGUAAGAAAUGAGUAUGAGAGGAUCCUCGAUGAUGAGGGCUACGUUGAGAAUGUGGAAAGAGAAGGCGGGAGAAAGGCGAGGGAGAGUGCCGAGGAGACUAUGGGUUUGGUUAGGGACGCUGUUGGUUUCUAA